AUGGCUGAUGUAUCCAGCACGAUGAAGGAUGUUACUGCCCAUUCGUAUUUCUUGUCGGAGGUUUUCUUGUUAAUUGUUGGUCGAAAUACCACAUCGUUAGACCUGGCGGGUAAUAUACUACGAUUUACAAUAAAUGAUUUUGCUAUCAUUACUGGUUUGCGAUGUACCGGUAAUAUCAAUGACUUUCGGUAUUCUGAUGACCAAACAAGUAGAUUAUUGUCUUUAUAUUUUCCUGGUGCCAAAAAUGGAGUCAACAAAGCUCGUUUCGUUGAGCGUUUUCUAGUUGGAGGAUGGAAAACAAACGAAGACGCUGUUCAGAUGGCCAUUCUCUAUUUCAUCCACACUUUUAUUUUUUCUCAACUAGGUGAUGCACCUAUAUCAGUUGAUGAUUUUAAGAUGGUAGAAGAUGGUAGGUAUGAGCAAUAUCCAUGGGGAAAAAUAGCAUUUUCAAAAUUGAUAAAAGGAAUGCGUCAGGAGUUUUCAAAUGCCAAACAAAUGUAUCGUCUAGGCGGCAUGCCAUACGCUCUGAAUGUUUGGAUAUAUGAAUGUGCAUCUCAAGUUCCCUCUGAAAUUGCUGUAAGAGUGGGUAAUAAAAUUCCCAGAAUUCUUAACUGGCGUGUUGUCACCGUGAAGCCAAAAUUUGAGACCUUCAUGUCUACCAUCUUCAGUGAGUAUCCAUGCUCCAACAUUGUCCAAUCUCAACAUGAAAUGGACUCUAUUGUCAUUCAUGGCAGCCAACAGAAACCUGAAGCUUCAACAUCGGCUGCCAAGGUCAAUUUCAGAAAACCUCAUGAAGUCCCAGGAUUUGAGGACUUUUCAACAACACCACCCACAAAAUUAUUAAAGAGAUCCAGUCAUGUCGCUGAUAAAUCUUCUCCACCUUCUUCCAAAAGAAUGAAGACUUCCCCUGCUAAAAAGCCAAUUCAAGUAGAAACAGCCAACAUGCACAAGGAUUUCAUACCACCAAAUGAAUCAGAAAAGCCUGUUUCUCCUGACAAUGUACCAGGGGCGAAGUCAGCUGUAGGAGGUGAAUCUUCCGGUCAUUCGGAUCAAAUUAUUCAUAUACAAUUCAAAGCAUUGAAGAAGUCCAUUAAGAAGUCUCUAAAGAGAUACGUUGACCGGAAGUUCAAGCGUUUGGAGAAUAAAAUUGAUUCAAAUCACAUUGAUCUUUUGAAAGCCAUCGACAGUAUGGCGAACCGAAUGACUGGCACAUCAUCUCAAGUUAAAACAGAUGAUUUUGAUCAAAUAUUCCAUGUGGUUGAACAACAAGAAGCACCUACUGGAUUGGAGGUGGACAAUAUAUCGGAACAAAGAAUUUCAGCAGAUGUUCCUGAAUUAUUUGAUCAGCAGGUUUAUUCUGAUACAUUAAAGGAACCGAAAACAUUAAUUUUUACACCACAAUUGAAGGAUGUAUCAGCACACCAAAUGGAACCACAAAGAUCAGAUACUGAUCAGCUUGUUGUUGAUUCUGAUACAUUACAGAACACUGGAAAGAAAGAUGGAAGAGUAGCCGAUGAUAAAACUGACAAAGUAGAAGAGCAAGUUGAGGAGAUUGAAAAAGAAAAAAUCAAACCAAGCACAUCAGAAUCCAAUACUUCAGCACCAUUUUCGACCGAAACUCUGGAUGUGAUAGAUUCUCUAAUAUACGGACUUACAUUACCAGCCAUGCCAUUGACAGCUCUACCAACCACUCUUCUAUCAAAAGCCAAUGUAUUGUCUGACUAUGCGAAGACACCAUUUCGAAGAAGCAAGAUUCCUUCGAAGAUCUUACAGUCGCCGUAUCUUUCAAACUUUGGGUCGAGUGAAAAGGGAAAGGAAAAUUUGUCAGCUGUUAUGCAUCAAACACACCCUUUUGAAGGUUUUGGUAUAUGCUAUCAUCCCCCAUCCGAGCUUGUCACAGACUACUCUCAAUGGAUAGAUAAAGGACUACUAAAAUCACAUGGCAACAAGAAUUCAAAGGAGGAUCAUUACAGAUCUAAGUGCUCUACAUUCGGCUUUGAAAAAAUGGACUUUGUAGUGGCAUUUUCUAAAGAUAAGAACUGGUUCUACCUAAUGUCACAGCCGAACAGAUGCUGGAACGAUGAAAAGAAAUCGAAGAUGCAGUUGAGCAAUCAGUAUCGAUACACAACGACAAACUGCAUUUUCAAAAUUUACAUCGAAUAUGCACACACACGCUACUAUCACCUUCCACCUAACAUUUCUACACAAGAAGAUAUGGCAAGGGCCACUGUUACAGCUCAUCACGAGAGAUCCGUGAAGAAUAUAAUAAGAGGUUUCUCAAUACCAGCCGGUUUGCCAUGGCAUUUGGUAGAUGAGGUAUAUAUUCCAGUAAACUGCGACAGGGAUUUUCAUUGGGUUCUUGCGGUAGUUGUUUUGAAAGAGAGUUUGAUACGUGUGUAUGAUUCAUCGCCUAGACGAAGAAGUAGCAACCCUUUCCUAGAGAUCCAAAAGAUAGCAGCAAUGCUACCAACAUACCUGCAAGACAGUGGUUUCUUUGACAACAACGAACGUUCUGAUUAG